AUGAAGUCAAUUAAAUCCUUGACUCACCUGUGUAUUGUGCUCUAUCUGCACAUUGCUGAGCCUGAGGCGAUCACACUCAUUAUUUCCAAUGUGCACCUUCAGUUGCUUGCUUUCCAUGUACAGGACAGGCACAUUGAUAUUGAAGAAUUCCUAAAUGAAUACAGCAUUGAUGAUGAUGGGAUUAUACUCUUGCCUACUGAACUCUUGGUCUGGGGUGAACUUGGUCAGGAAUAUCACAGAUGCAUCUCACCCAGUAAGAUACAGAAUGUAUAUGCCAACUACCUUGACAUUGCCAAGGUACCAAAACUCAAUCAGUGCACUAUUAUGCAAAGACCCAGGAUUUAUUACACCAUCUUGCCAAGUCUCACCGAGUAG